UGAUCCCCUCGUUUCUUAUUGACAAGCAGUCGAACGAAAGUCCAUCAAAACAAUCAUUCCGCAUUCAUUCGAUUUCUUUCCUCCAAAAUAAUUUAAAACGGGUUUUGUCAUCAAUUCCACCGCAAUUUAUCGUUCCUAAUGAAGAAAACUGUUCGUUAAUAAGUGUACUUUGCUGCCAACCACCAGCCAUGAUCCUGUCGCACUUUAUCGAAAAGCUAAAGGUGGGGAAGAAGUUCGUUCUGCUGGAUUUGAUUGUCCACCCGGACUGCCAGCGCCCUUGGGACACAGUCGGAUCAGAAAACAAAUUCAUCCCGGUGGAAGUGUGGAAACUGAUUUACCAGAAGCUGUCCAGCAUCUGCCGGAAGCAGUUUGCGGAGAGGGCGAAAUCGGAGGAUACCAAAUGCGAACUGGACAAGGAGUACGAGUGCCGGCUGGACGGCAAACCGAACUACCUGUUGAGGUACGAGUUCCGGGAUGAGAAUGCUCGGUCGCAUCUGAACGUGGUGUUCAACGAUGACGAGCAAAAGUUGCACCGGGAGUGUCUGGUGGUUCAGAUUUCGGACCAAACGAAGGCUCUGUACGACGAGCUGCAGGACAAGAGGAAAAUCGUGGAAAGGCUACAGAAAGAGAAUAAGAAACUGAAGGAGAUGCCAUCGCAAAGUCAGCAGAGUCAGGAGUAUACUCCGGUUCCGAUAAAGAAGUCCAGUUCUUCGUCCAGCACUUCGGUAGAAUAUGUUCCAACGGCAAUCAAUGGCAAAUCGCCGGCGUAUUCGUCCAGUUAUAAGGCCCGCAAGAUUGAAGAGACUGCCAAGCUGGAACCGGACCCCUACACACCUACUUCCAGCCAGGAUUCUAAUCCGGAAAAGCCCGCUUACGUUCCCACAAGCCUUUACACUCCGAUCAGAACAGGGGCGACCUUAAAAUCUUCAGACCCUAGUUCCGUUGAAGGUACGACUGUCGGGAAAAGGCGUCGACGCGAGAAGGACAUGAUGCUGUUCGGAACAGACGACGAAGAGGACGAUGUUCAAUCGCCACGCAAAAUCGUCAAAGAGGAACCGGCACUGAAUCGCAGCGAUGAGGAUAUGUUCAGUCCAGAUCACUCGCCCAAAGUUCGCGAUAUGAUGCGGAGUAGCACCGAAGAGCUCGCUGGAGGUGAUUGCAAGCGUACGCAAUUGCCACGAAAAACCAAAGUCGGAGUCAGUUACAGUGGGCUGAUGAGCCCUGAUGAAAAAACUACUUCCCCUGCGGCAGUCCAAACGGUGACCAAACGUCGUCGCAAAGACGAAGAGUACACUCCCUCGAGCAGCGCCGUCAAAGGAACGGUUGAUGGGUGGUUGUCUAGUCGUAAGAAGGACGAAAGCUCCCAGCCCUCUAAGGAUAAGGAGGGCGAUAAGCGUCGAGCGGCGAAGAAGCCCAAGGAUGAAACGCCAUCCAUUGCACCGAUUCGUGUCGAUCAUGAUAAGCUAAAGGAAGAAGGGGAAGUCUUGCGCAAAAAGAUUGCUGAUUUUGAUCAGCUCGAUAAGAUACUUCCCGAGGAUAAGACUUUGCUGAAUAUUCCUGUUUGGUGAGUAGGUACUUUCAAUUGCAAUCAUAAUUGAAUUCAUCUUCAGAGUCCAGGGUAAUGUCAUGCAAUUCUCUCUGCUGAUAAGUUUGAAG